AUGGAUCCCGAAUACCUGCCCGGUGCCAAUCAUGAAGCUUUCACUGAAUGGGCCUUGUUCCAUGGUGUAGUAACCGAUGCAGUUACCCCGGCGCGUUUUCCUGGACGCGGUUUAGGAAUGAUGGCGACGCGCAAAAUCAAGAAAGGUGAGGCUGUGGUUCAAGUUCCUACCGAUGUAAUCUUCACAGUGGAGCAAGUUCCUGAGCCAUUCAGGUCCCAAUUCCCCGAAGGCACAGCCGUGCAAACAAUCAUGGCCGCGUUCUUGACACAUGGCAGCGAAGAAGAGCUUGAAAAGUACCAGCUCUGGUUCAAUGCUUGGCCCACACGUCAAGACUUCGAGGAUAGUCUGCCCUUGCUCUGGCCGAGGGAACUAGGCGGUCUCACAUGGCCAGAUACUGACGAGACCGUUGAUUCUUCUCCCAUCCCAAAUGUGCUUCCCCCUUGCAUCGCCGGUCAAUGGAACACCAUUGAUAAGGGGGCGCGGGCCAAGAAAUACGAAACAGAGCACCAGGAUCUGGAGCCGCAACAAGAAAUACGGUUACGCAAAGCGUGGGCGGAUGUCACUUCUGCCCUUCCAGAGACUGACUGGCGCAAAUUUUCUUAUCAUUGGCUUAUUCUCAAUACGAGAAGUUUCUACUGGGUUGGGCCUGAUCAGGAGCCGCCGGAGAACCGCAAUGAUGCGAUGGCCUUGCUGCCAUUUGCAGAUUAUUUCAACCAUUCAGAUAUUGAGUGCGAUGUGAAGUUUGAUGAAAAUGAAUAUACUCUUCGGGCUACGGAGGAUUAUGAGAAGGGCGAUGAAGUUUACAUGAGUUAUGGAAGUCAUCCAAAUGACUUCCUCUUGGCCGAAUAUGGCUUUUUCCUUGAGAAGAGCGAUUCAGAUUGCAUCUACCUUGACGACAUUGUCUUCCGUGAUAUUAAUAGUCCCGACAAGCAGGAGGAUCUAUGGCUGAACCAGUAUUACGGUGAAUAUCAAGUCACAGCAGACGGGGUUUGUUACCGUACUGAAGUUGCAUCGUGUCUAAUGUACAUGAAAGAGGAGGACUGGAGGAACCAUGUGCUCGAGGGUUCGACUGAGGGUGUGGAUGCCAAGAAGAGUGAAACUAUCAUCAAGGGUUGGCUGCACACAUAUGCCAAAGAGGCAGAUGCAACAAUGAGCGCAAUCAAGGUAGCCCUUGAGUCCAAUGCUGUAGUUCAGGCACACCGCCCCAAGGCAGAGACGCUAUUGCGCCGGUGGAGACAGAUCAAGCAUAUCUGUGAGCGCGCUUCGACGGUCUCGAAUUAA